AUGAAGAGCUACUGUGUGGGAACCUUCAAGAUAGAUGUUGGGACCGUUUACUCCCAGCCUGGCCAUCAGUUCAUCAAUAAGUGGGCCACGCUCACAGACCCCGCUGACAUCCACACAGGGGUGAAAGGUCACCUGAAGUGUGAUAUCAGCGUGUCAGGAAAAGGUGAUGUUGCAGCACCGUCCCAGAAGUUCAGUGAUGCAGAGGAACAGAUAGAAAAGCACCUCCUGCUUCCUGAAGGCUUAAACCCUGAACGGCCAUGGGCUCGGUUUUAUGUGAUAGUGUACCGUGCAGAAGGUCUUCCCAGAAUAAACUCCAGUAUUAUGGCCAACGUGACCAAAGCCUUUGUUGGAGACGCGACAGCACUCAUAGAUCCUUAUGUAGAGGUCUCAUUCUUCGGUCAAGUUGGCAGGACGUCUACUCAGAAGAGCACAGCGGACCCAGUGUGGAACGAGCAGGUGGUGUUUAAAGAGAUGUUUCCUCCACUGUGUCAGAGACUGAAGAUUCGGGUUCUGGAUGAGGGAAGCAUGAAUGAUGUGGCCAUUGGGACUCAUUACAUUGAUCUACACACCAUCUCAAAUGACACCGAUGGGGACAACGGUUUCCUGCCCACAUUUGGCCCGGCAUGGAUCAACCUCUACGGUUCACUUCGUAAUUCCACACUGGUGGACGACAGCCAGGAGCUGAACGAGGGUGUUGGAGAAGGGGUGUCCUACAGAGGCAGGGUUUACAUAGAGCUGAGUGUGGAGAUCCUGUCUGGAGGUGCUCCGGACUCCAAAUCCCUGCUCUCAAAAAUCAGUCUGAAAGAUACCAAGGGAGGAAAAGCAGGGGCGAAAGAUCCCAAAACUGGGGCAGGAGCCGGAGGUGAGGAAGAGAAAUCCAAGACUAUAGGACCUGAGGUGAUGCCAGUGGAGCCCCCACAGACGAUAAAUGAUGAAGACAUGGAAACCUUCCUGCUCUUUGGCUGUGUGUCUGAGGCCUCCAUGAUUGACAGAAGAACCAGCGAUAGACCAAUCAGCCUUGAGUUCACCAUUGGAAACUUUGGGAACUUCAUUGAUGGUACUGUGCAGCCUACUUCAAAGAAAAAGCAUGAAGAUGUCUCUGUGACCACUCCACUUCUGGACACUGCAGCAACAAUGCCGUGCAAAUCUACUACGACACCAGAGAGACCUCUUUUCGGAGAUGCACAGAGGCACUACAUGCACUUGCCCAUCGGAGCACAAAAGCCCUGUGUGUAUGUUUAUAGCAGCUGGGAGGAUCGAGCGUACCGACUCCAUCACGCCAACAUGCUGGACACAAUUGCCCUGAUGUUUGAGGAGGGGAUCGCUAAGGUGCUGGAAUUGGAUAAAAUGAUGUCUCCUGAAGCAAGGACUCUCAUGCAUCUUGUUCUUCAGGACUUUAGAAGAGAUGCCAGUGAGUUUAUUGCUUUUGCUGAAAAGAGGGUGAAGGCAAGCAAUUUGACCUUACUGGACAAAAAGAGGCUCACUCUGUGCAAACAGGAGCUGGAAAGUAUGACUGAAGUAGCUGGAGGACUCCUUGAGCCCAAGAAGAGAUCUCUCACUGUAAAAGAGAUGAUGCUGGAAGUCCAGAAAAUUAAAAAGAAACUGAGAUUCCUUGUGGAAGAGCCUCAACACACUUUACCAGAUGUGUUUGUGAGUCUGGUCAGUAAUAACAAGCGUUUGGCAUAUGCCAGAAUCCCUGCUCGUCACCUGCUCUUCUCACAGAGCCCGGAGCAGAGAGGCCGAGACUGUGGGAAGAUCAACACCCUGUUCCUCAAGCCUCCAGGGAAGCGUGGACCAGGGUGGACAGUCCAGGCUAAGCUCGAUGUGUAUUUGUGGCUGGGAUCUAGCAGAGAUUCAUCCCACAUGCUGGACAAUCUCCCAUCAGGCUUUGAACUGGAAGGCAUCUCAUCUGAGCACAGGACUGGCCCUCCUCCUGAUUAUAUACUUUACACAGAGCAGCACUUGUUCCAGCUGAGGGCUCAUAUGUACCAGGCUCGUGGUCUCAUUGCAGCAGAUAACACUGGCCUCUCAGACCCCUUCGCCUGGGUGUCUUUUCUGUCCAAUAGCCAAAGCACUGGUAUCAUGAAGCAAACUUUAACUCCUACAUGGAAUCAGCUGCUCCUGAUAAAUAACGUGUGUCUGUAUGGAGGGCUUUCUGAAAUAGUCCAGGAUCCACCGCUAGUUGUGAUCGAGGUGUAUGAUGAUGAUGCAGUGGGUAUCGAGUACCUGGGGUCGACAGUGGCUGUUCCUGUAGUCAGACUGUCAGAGGAACGAUACUCCCCUCCUCAGCUGCAGUACAGCCCUCUGUUCUGUGGCGGUCUGUCAGGAGGAGACAUACUGGGAGCGUUUGAACUCAUUCAGAUCUCAGAGUCAGGAGAACAUCCACUUCCUGAUUUAGAUGAGCCGGAUGGAGGAGUUAUUCCAGUACCCUCGUACAUUCGACCUGUGCUCUGCAAGUACAGAAUUGAGGUUUUGUUCUGGGGCCUGAGAGAGCUGAAGAAAGUUCAGCUUCUAUCCGUUGAUCGGCCCCAAGUUUUUAUCAAGUGUGCAGGAGGAGGUGUCAACUCUUCAGUGAUACAGAGUUACAAGAAAAACCCAAACUUCACAAUACUUGUGGAUGCCUUUGAUGUGGAGCUGCCUGAAGACGAACAUCUCCUCCCUCCUCUCGCUAUCACUGUUGUGGACUGGAGGGCUUUUGGGCGGAGCACACUUGUGGGAAGUCAUAUGAUCAACAACUUGGCCUUAUUCAAACACAUCCCCACAUUAGUUCAGCAGCGUCAACCAGAACCCAGAAACAUAGCAGUCGCUCAGCUGUCUCUGCAGCAGAGUGUUGUGCCACCGCCCAAUGAGGAGAUCGCCAUUGAAAUAGAGCCGGAGGAAAUAUUCACCCCUGCACCUAAAUCUGAGCCAGACUUCCAGGACAAGAAGGUGUCAAAGAAGAGCAAACAAAGAUCUACGAAAAGGAAGAAACGCACCACAGCUGAUGAGUCUGCUGAUAAUGUCAUUGAUUGGUGGUCGAAAUACUAUGCAUCAAUGGAGAAGAUCCAAAUGGUGUAUGAAAAAGAGCUGGAGGCUGAAUUUGGGCCUUUUGACGACUGGGUUAAAACCUUCGAACUCUAUCGAGGAAAGGCCAAUGAAGAAGAAGGUUCUGCUGAUGAAAGAUUUGUUGGAAAGUUUAAGGGCCGGUUCUGUCUGUACAAGCUGCCUGAAUCGAAUGAUGUGGAGGAGGAAGAUGGAUAUUUGGAUUCAGGGCAGUUUAAAAUAAACCAGGGUAUUCCUCCAAACACUGCAGUAGAUGUCCUUAUCCGUGUAUACAUAGUUGCAGCCUUCAACCUGCACCCUGCAGACCCAGAUGGCAAAGCGGACCCUUACAUAGUGCUGAAACUGGGGAAAACUGAGAUCAAAGACAGAGACAAUUACAUCCCAAAGCAGCUCAACCCAGUGUUUGGAAGAUCCUUUGAAUUUCAAGCCACUUUCCCCAAGGAAUCCCUGCUAACUAUUCUCAUCUAUGACUACGACACUAUUGGUGGUGACGAUUUGAUUGGGGAAACACAGAUUGAUUUGGAGAACCGUUUUUACAGCAGGCAUCGAGCUACCUGCGGCCUGCCUGAUGAAUAUGCCAUUGAGGGUUAUAAUGCAUGGAGGGACAGCAUCAAGCCAACAGACCUGUUGAUUAAGCUUUGCAAAGAAAACAGACUGGACAACCCUCACUUUUCUCCAGGACGCAUUACCAUUGGAAGCAAGGUUUUUACUGGGAAGACUGUAUUUGCUGAUGAAGAUCAGAUGGUGGAGUCGUACGAGCACCUUGCUCUGAAGGUGCUGCAAAGGUGGUCCGAGAUGCCCAAUGGGGGUUGUAAACUUGUGCCUGAGCAUAUUGAAACUCGAGCACUCUACCUAAAGGACAAACCAGGAAUAGAGCAGGGUCAUCUGCAAAUGUGGGUGGACAUUUUUCCCAUGGACAUGCCUCAUCCUGGCCCUCCUGUGGACAUUUCUCCUCGCAAACCCAAAGGUUAUGAGCUGAGGAUCAUUAUCUGGAACACUGAAGAUGUAAUAUUGGAGGACACCAACUUCAUAACAGGACAGCAGUCAAGUGACAUUUACGUCAAAGGGUGGUUAAAGGGGCUUGAAGAUGACCGGCAGGAAACUGAUGUCCAUUACAAUUCUCUGACUGGAGAGGGCAACUUCAACUGGCGCUUUGUGUUCCCCUUUAACUACCUGCCUGCUGAGAAAGUGGUGGUGAUUCAAAAGCGAGAAAGCAUCCUCUCUCUGGACAAAACUGAGAAGAAGAUCCCUGCUGUUCUUGUUAUGCAGGUGUGGGACUUUGAGAGGCUUUCUUCUGAUGAUUUCCUGGGCUCAGUGGAGUUGGACCUACAUGGGUUUCCACGUGGAGCUAAAUCAGCUAAAGCUUGUAGGAUGGAAAUGCUGACAGAAACUGCAGAGAACGUCUCUAUCUUCCAGCAGAAACGCUCCAAAGGCUGGUGGCCCUUUAUUAAAGCUGGAGAACUCACAGGGAAGGUAGAAGCCGAGUUUCAUCUGGUAACAGCUGAAGAAGCAGAGAAAAAUCCAGUGGGACGUGCACGCAAGGAACCAGAGCCUCUAGAGAAACCAAAUCGUCCAGACACAUCCUUCUCCUGGUUUAUGAAUCCUUUCAAGUGCUUCUUUCACCUGAUCUGGGGGAACUACAAGAAAUACAUCAUUGCCGGACUGGUGCUGUUGAUCGUGACCCUGUUCCUGGUUCUUAUCUUCUACACCCUACCAGGAGCGAUCAGUAGUAAGAUAGUCAACGGGUAAACGAACACCACGAUAAAGUAACUGGACACAAAUGAGCAGCACAAAUGGAUCAUGUUAUUGUUGUUGCUCUAAUGAAGCACACAUUUAAAUGCUUGCUCUCCAGAAAGAAAGUAACAGGCUUUGCUGAUUUUAGAAACAAUCUUUUAUUUAAUAUGCACCA